AUGGAAAAUGGAAAUGGUCCCUCUUCUUGCUUGAGUUUCGCCUCCUCUUCGUACUUAUCGAGUGGUUCGAGUAACAAUAAUAUGCCCUCCACCACCGGCCACGAAUUAGGGACGAGCCUCGAGCUACUGAGCUUGAGUAAACUAAGCUCGUGUCUCGAGAAUCUCGUGGCCAACCCCGAGUAUGACUAUAGCGAUGCCGAAAUUGUGGUCGAGGGGUUCAGUGUAGGGGUCAACCGCUGCAUUUUGGCCGCAAGGAGUGAAUUUUUUCAUGAAUUGUUUAAAAAGCCUUAUAACGGCAAGGUGAAGGAGGGUAAAAAACCGAAAUAUGUCUUGAAAGAAUUGCUCCCGCAUGGGAAAAUAGGUCACGAGGCGUUUAUGGUGAUUUUGAGCUAUAUGUACACUGGGAAGCUCCGGCCGUCCCCUCCCGAGGUGUCGACUUGCGUGGAUGAGUCGUGCGCGCAUGAUGCUUGUGGGCCCGCCAUCAACUAUGCAGUCGAGAUAUUGUAUGCUUCGGUUACGUUUCGGAUCAAAGAACUAAUCAUGGUCGUUCAGCGUCGUCUCAUGAAUUUCAUCGACAAAGCGUUUGUCGAGGACGUAAUUCCCAUCCUCACGGCUGCCUCCCAUUGUCACCUCUCCGAUCUCCUCUCCCACUGCCUCAACCGAAUCGCACGCUCAGAUCUCGACGACAUCACCGUCGAGAAAGAGCUUCCGCCCGACCUCGUAAAUGACGUAAACGCCCGCCGCCCCAAAUCCAACCCACCCGAGGAGGACCCGGUUGAGGCAGAGCUGGUGAACAAGAAGCGGAUCCGGAGGAUCCACCAGGCCCUCGACUCAGACGAUGUGGAGCUCAGGGAGAUUCGGAGGGACCCGCUUGCAGGGGCAGUGGUCGAGUCGUCUAUGAUGGUUGCUGAUGACCUGCACAUGCGCCUUCUACUUCUCGAAAAUAGAGUGGCAAUGGCUCGUUCGUUAUUUCCAUUGGAAGCCAAAGUGGCGAUGCAAAUCGCGCAUGCGGACUCGACUUUAGAAUUCGCCGGACUUUCGGCCGCUAAGGGUUCGUAUGGGAACUUUAAAGAGGUUGAUCUUAACGAGAUACCGUCAGAGCAAGUCAAAAGGCUUCACGCUCGGUUGCAAGCCCUGCAAAAAACCGUCGACACGGGCCGUCGUUUUUUCCCUAAUUGCUCGGAAGUCUUGGACCAGCUUUUGGAGGACGACACGUUGGGCCCAUUGCUAUUGGAGAAAGGCAGCCCAGAAGAACAACGGGCCAAAAGGAUGAGAUACAUGGAGCUUAAACAAGACGUGAUGAAGGCGUUCAAUAAGGAUAUAGCCGAGAAAAAGUGGACGGGUUUAUCGAUGCCUUCUUCUUGCUCGAAUAAUUCGGCUAAGGUCGAUAGAAAACGAUGA